AUAUGUUAUUAGUAGUCGGUACAGGCAGGUUGGAAAUCAAAUUUUGUCAAGGGGCAUUCGUAGGCAGCCUGCAUCCAUCAUUGCUUAGCUCCCUCAUCUCCAUGCCAAUGUACCCGUGGACCAGGAUGGUACGGAAACUGCUCUCUGGAACGGACCUUAAACUAGCCAGGACAUCAUGCCUAGCCAUGUUAACUCUGACAGUGUUAUGUGGGACGUCGGCGGCACAAACCACGACAUCAGCCACCACAACAACCAUGACAGAUUCCACUGCUGCGGUCACUUCGACUGCUGCGGUCACUUCGACUGCUGCGGUCACUUCGACUGCUGCGGUCACUUCGACUGCUGCGGUCACUUCGACUGCUGCGGUCACUUCGACUGCUGCGGUCACUUCGACUGCUGCGGUCACUUCGACUGCUGCGGUCACUUCGACUGCUGCGGUCACUUCGACUGAUGCGGUCACUUCGACUGAUGCGGUCACUUCGACUGAUGCGGUCACUUCGACUGCUGCGGUCACUUCGACCGCUUCGACAGGGGAUUCAACGUCAGUUGACGGCGAGGACACAAGACCCACGAUGACAGGAUCUCCAGCCUUGGAGACUACUACUGACGACAGCGAAGAUUUCACAACCACCGUGGCCAAUGGCACUAACUCGCCUGGUAUCGACUGCUUUGUAUGUGAAACCAAUGACACUAUAAGCCCAUGCUAUGGUCAACAGUCUGCCACACGGCCACAUAUGACGUGCGAUGCAGGAGAAAAAUGUUGGACAACUUGGUACGGGAUGGGUUCCACGCUUUUCAACCUGACUCGUGGCUGUCACUCGGACCCCUGCACCAGCAUGCACCAAACCCAUGAUUCCAAAUACUGCAAGGAAUUGCCCGACGUGCACCAAUGCACUCAGUGCUGUGAUCAAGACUUGUGUAAUAAAUACAUGAAUGAAGGUGUGAAUGGUGGGGAUGAUGUAUCAGGGUGUAUGACCACUCUAGUGUUGUCAGCUGUAGCUUUGAUGAUCAUGCUGUAAACUUUAUCCAGUGAUUAAAAGUGUAUAGUUUCUUUUGCUGCACUAGUUUCUUGUACAAAAAGGUGUUACAGGCACUGAACACUAUUGGUUACUACUCAAAAUAAUUGUUAGCAUAAAAGCUUACUUGGUAACAAGCAAUGGAGCUAUGGUAGUAUACCAAACUGUGAAAAAACGGCUCCCUCUGAAGUAAGGUAGUUUUACCUAUAUACCCCCGGUUACAGCUAUUUUUGUGUCAGUGCCAGCUGACCAGGAAACUGCUUUUAACAAUCUGGAUUUUAGCUUUGAUUCUGAGUCAAUUAUUUUGUCAGAGAUUCCGACAGAAAUAGGUUAGCCCCUGCGGCCAAGAACCAGCCACCCCUUACCCAGGAGUGUUGAGAUCAAAAUCAAUAAAUGCACACACAUUAUUUGUCAUAUACAGUAUAUUUUGUUUAAGUCUCAUUUUAAAGUCAUAUUGUAAAACCUAACCCCAGAGGAGAGAAGCAACUGACAUCAGGUGUCAGAGGUUUUUUGUAAAAUGUUUACAAUUUUUGUUUUCAUUUUUGUAUAUCAGAUUUGACUCUUGCAAUAUUAGUAUAUGUGUCUCUGCUUGAAGCUGAAUGACAGUUUGCUGCAACUCAAUGACCAACCCCAUCUAAUAAAACAAUAAAUGUACAAUUCAAAUUCAAAUCAUAAGAUUGAGAAUAAUAGUUUAGAAUAGAAUUGAUACCACACUGUAUUUAACUAUAGUGUUGAGAACAUCAAUGAAAUCUGUCCCAUGCUAUAUGUUUAUUUAUCUUUUGCCGCCGUUUGCCAUGACGUUGCUUUUUAAUAGUCUGAAAUAUCAUCUGAGUAAUUUGUGAUAAAGUCUUGCUUUGUUGUAAAUGAUAUUGGGUAGGAUUAGAAUAGAUGUUAAAGGGAAGGUAAAACAAAUAUUAACUUAAAAACUGACUUGGUAUAACGAGCAUUGGGGAGCUGUUGGUAGUAUAAAACAUUGUGAGAAACGGCUCCCUCUGAAGUAUCAUAGACUUUGAGGUAAUUGGUCACUAAAAUUAUGAAAGCUAGAAGUCUUUUAUUCCUAUCUGAAAGCACACAAAUUCGUUCAACAUGGGUGUUUUUCUCUCAUCAUUUUCUC